AUGGGAAAUUUUACAGCAGUCUCUGACUUCAUUCUUCUUGGAUUGACAGAUGACCCUCAGUGGCAGGUUGUGCUUUUGCUCUUUCUCCUUGUCACCUACCUACUCAGUGUGACAGGAAACCUGACCAUCAUCAUCCUCACCCUCUCAGAUCCCCAUCUGCAGACACCCAUGUAUUUCCUUCUUCAGAGCUUAUCAUUCCUAGAAAUAGCAUUCACAUCUGCCUCCACUCCCAGAUUCCUUGUCACCAUCACAACAGGAAACAGAAGCAUUUCUUACAAUGAUUGCAUGGCCCAGCUAUUUUUUGUCAUAUUCUUAGGAGUGACAGAAUUUUACCUCCUGACAGCAAUGUCCUAUGAUCGGUACGUGGCCAUCUGCAAACCCCUCCAUUACACAACCAUCAUGAGCAACAAGGUCUGUAUGCUUCUGGUCUUCAGUUGCUGGCUUGCAGGAUUCCUCAUUGUCUUUCCUCCAGUCAUCCUUCUGAUACAAUUAGAUUUUUGUGCCUCCAACAUUAUUGACCAUUUUUUCUGUGACUCUUCUCCACUUCUGCAACUUUCUUGCACAAACACCCACUUUCUAGAACUCAUGAUACUCUCUUUAGCAGUGGUAACACUCAUGGUCACCUUGACACUAGUAAUUCUCUCCUAUUCAAAUAUCAUCCAGACCAUUCUGAGAAUUCCUUCUACCAGCCAAAGGAAGAAAGCCUUUUCCACUUGCUCCUCCCAUAUGAUCGUUGUGUCCCUCUCUUAUGGCAGCUGCAUCUUCAUGUACAUUAAGCCUUCAGCAAAGGAGAGGGUGACUUUGAGCAAAGGAAUAGCUGUGCUCUACACCUCUGUGACUCCUUUCUUAAACCCCUUCAUCUACACACUACGCAAUCAGCAAGUGAAGCAAGCCUUCAAGAGCAUGGUCGACAGGAUGGUCUUUUCUUCAAUAGAUUAUGAACACCCGGCACAAAACUUGGGACUGAAGUCACUGCAGAGCUACAGCUCCGGAUACCCGGCCACGAGGUUCUCCCGAGAUUCACCUGGACACCAAGCGCCUGUGUCUGGCAGAGCCGGUGUGAGACGAAGAUACAGUAUUUUUCCAGCCGCCUAG